AUGCAGAAAUUCGACUAUAACGAACGAUUCACUCAGACGGUGCGUCAACUCCACGAUGGCAUGAUGGCGCGAGUCACGGACAAUGGAGUUGUCUCAGAGACAUUCGCAGUGACAAACGGCGUGAAGCAGGACUGCGUCUUCACGACUACGCUCUUCAGUCUCAUGUUCUCUGUCAUGCUGAUAGACGCCUACCGUGGCAAACGCCCUGGGAUCCGCAUCGCCUCCAGGACGGACGGCCAACUCAACAGCCGGCUGGUACACUUCCAGUCACGUGUAUCCACACCUACCGUUCAUGAACUUCUAUUCGCCGACGACUGCGUCCUCAAUACCGCCUCGGAAGGGGGCAUGCAAAAGAGCAUGGACCUCUUCGCCGGAGCCUGCAACAACUUCGGACUGGUGAUCAACAAGGAGAAGACGAUCAUCAGGCAUCAACCGCCACCCGACGCUGCCUACGUCGCACCGCAAAUCAACGUGAACGGCGCCCAACUGCAAGUCGUGGACAGCUUCACCUACCUGGGCAGCACCCUCCGCCGCACCACCAAAGUCGACGAUGAGGUGGCCCGCUAG